GGAGCGCGCUUGUACCUUCUUUACCAGCCCAGGCUCUUCCAGCCCUGCACGGUGCCUUGCGCUGCUCACGUUUCAUCUCCCGGUCGCGGAGAGUCGCUGCCGCUGCGGAGUGGGCGUUCGGUUUUCGGGUCGUCAUGGCUGGCUACGAAUACGUGAGCCCGGAGCAGCUGGCCGGCUUUGACAAGUACAAGUACAGUGCUUUGGAUACCAACCCGCUCUCUCUGUAUGUCAUGCAUCCGUUUUGGAACACUAUAGUGAAGGUAUUUCCUGCUUGGCUGGCUCCCAAUCUUAUAACCUUUUCUGGAUUUAUGCUGGUUGUGUUCAAUUUCCUACUUUUGACAUACUUCGAUCCUGACUUUUAUGCUUCAGCACCAGGUCACAGGCAUGUGCCUGACUGGGUUUGGAUUGUCGUGGGCAUCCUCAACUUCGUAGCCUACACUCUAGAUGGAGUAGAUGGGAAACAAGCACGCAGAACCAAUUCCAGCACCCCUUUAGGGGAACUUUUUGACCAUGGCCUGGAUAGUUGGUCAUGUGUUUACUUUGUUGUGACCGUGUACUCCAUCUUCGGACGAGGACCGACUGGUGUCAGUGUUUUUGUUCUUUAUCUCCUGCUCUGGGUAGUUUUGUUUUCUUUCAUCUUGUCUCACUGGGAAAAGUAUAACACAGGCGUUCUUUUCCUGCCCUGGGGAUAUGACAUUAGCCAAGUGACUAUUUCUUUUGUCUACAUAGUGACUGCAGUGGUGGGAGUUGAGGCCUGGUAUGAACCUUUCCUGUUUAAUUUCUUAUAUAGAGACCUAUUCACUGCAAUGAUUAUUGGCUGUGCAUUAUGUGUGACUCUUCCAAUGAGUUUGUUGAACUUUUAUAGAAGUUAUAAAAGCAACACUCUGAAACACAGCUCCGUUUAUGAAGUCAUGGUCCCCUUCUUCUCUCCAUGUCUGCUCUUCACUUUGUCUACCGUGUGGGUCCUCCGGUCUCCUUCAGAUAUUUUAGAAAUUCACCCUAGAAUAUUCUACUUCAUGGUUGGAACAGCUUUUGCCAAUAUCACAUGUCAGCUAAUUGUUUGCCAAAUGAGCAGCACACGGUGCCCGACUUUGAACUGGUUGCUGCUUCCUCUCUUCUUGGUUGUGGCAGCAGUGAAUGUAGGCGCAGUGGCCUCCCACCUCGAGAGUCUUCUCCUCUAUGCACUCACGGCAGCCUUCACUCUGGCUCACAUCCACUAUGGAGUACAAGUGGUGAAGCAGCUGAGCAGCCAUUUUCAGAUUUAUCCCUUUUCAUUGAGGAAACCAAACUCAGAUUGACUAGGAAUGGAAGAGAAGAAUGUCGGCCUGUAACCUUCGGGAAGUGCUGUAAAUAGAUGCCUGUAAACAUCCCAUCCAUCACCACUGAACUCAACUGCUCUGCCUGGCGGCUGUGGGAUCGCAAUGUGUGUCGUGUGGACAGCAGGAGUGAACAUGUCUGUGCUUGUGGAAUUUUGGGCUUUCUAACUCCCAACUUUAUUUUUUUAUAAAACCAUGAGACAUUUUGGUUAAGCACAGUGUACAUUAAACCAGCUAAAUGUUCCUAGCUUCAUGAGUCCAUAAUGUUUCGACUCAUACAGAGUUAAGGAUGCUUUACUUUUAUGUUUAAAGUCCUCAGAUUGAUUCAGGAACACUAAUAACGUUCGGAUAGCCACAACAUGUCCUAAUAUUUGAUACUUUAUAAAAGGUCUUUAGCUGUGGAAAUGGUUGACAGCCCAGAUCUACUGUAGAGAAGCAUCCAACAAGUCUCUCUGGCCCGAGAUACCAGCGAACACAGAACCGUGUACAGUUGCCAAAUCCUGGUUAUUCUCCCGUGGAGCUUCGAGAGGUUAUCUGGUGCCUGGCUCUUCUGUGGCUCAAUGCUGAUAAAUUGUUUAAUUUUCUUUUGGAGAGAAGUGUUCUGUUGUUACUUAGCAGAGAAUGGUUUACUUGUGGUGUUUCCUCCUGUCGGGAUUGGGUGCCUGUGAGCCAUGAUUCUUGAGGCUGUGCUUGACAAUUCCAUUCUCGUGGUACUUUUGAGGCUGCAGAAAAGGACCUUGUGAGAGAAGACUUAAGCUGGAGUUAGGAACCCAGAACUUCAUGAUGACCACUUGGCACCCUGGCACUGCCUGGCCACCUGUCUGCUUGCUUUCAUUCUUUCUUCUUCUCGGGGUGAGGUGCUGUGGUUUUUAAUCUGACACGGGAUAAGAUAAGGCAGAGAGACAGUCUCUCUCCCCUAACUUUCCCGCCUCCCUAUUUGAAGAAAACUUUUGAUAUAUAUGCCUUACUGAGUAUUUACUCCUUUAGAUGACUCAGUAAUUUUUGAGGUUUACUGACAACACAAAACUCCCAUUGCUGUAUUAUGGUUGUCUCAUAAAUCUCACCAUUUUACAAAUGUGGAUAUUCUCUGUCUUUGGACUUUGUCUUUAUUUAGUUUGGUGGUGGUGAAAUUUACUUGCUGGUUUUAUUUUUCCACUGAAUGAGGUUUGUGCUUAAAUGAAGAGUGUGUCUUAAACCCCUUUUUUUUCUGGGUAGGUUGCACUUGGAUAAGAUAGGCACCACUGUGUUGAUAUGUAAUUAAAGUCAUAACUGUUAUUUUCCUAUGAAGGUGACCGUUCUUAAAUAUUGUAGCUCAUCUCUUUGUUGAAUUUUUGUCUGCUGCUUUGUAAAAAGUAACUAGUUGAUGUUCCCCCUGAGCAUUUUUAAGUUCGAAUCAUUGUCAUCCAGGCUGUUGAAACUGAGUGAGGAGCUAACCCACGGCCCUGUACUGGUUUUAACUGUUUGUAAGGCUGAUGUGUGUUUGGGGACUUUCUCUAAGACAAAAAAUGAAAGCAGACGUUGAUGUGUGAGGUGGAAAGUGAUUCGUGUUCGUUAAUAAAUUGCCAUCAUGGAGGUCAGAAAACCAGCCAGUUGCAUGAGGAUAACUGUGCUGUGUAUUCGCGCCCUGUAGAACUGAA